AUGAGACACGAAGAAAAGGAGCCCAGAGGCCUGGAGAACCUAUCUCAUCAGCAAAGCGCAAAGCUCGGCGAGGUUCAAGAUGCAGCAAGUCAACCUGGUCACGAUCUUCGCAAGCGCCUUGAAACUCGUCAUGUUACCAUGAUCGCUUUGGGCGGAGCUCUCGGCACAGGUCUUUUGAUUGGAACCGGAUCUGCCCUCGUCAAAACCGGACCAGCGGGGAUCCUCAUCGACUACACGAUCGUUGGCUGCAUCGUCUUCCUCGUUAUGGCCGCCCUUGGCGAAAUAAUAUCUUAUAUGCCUCUGUCUCACGGCUUUGGUGGUUAUGCAACCCGUUUCGUCGACCCAGCUCUAGGUUUCGCAACAGGCUACUCGUAUUUCUUCAAGUACCUUCUUGCUACACCAAACCAGCUCUCCGCCUUCGCCCUCAUCAUGAAGUUCUGGGUCGGUGACCGUAUCAACCCCGCGGUCUUCAUCACCAUCGCGCUUGUCUUAAUUCUUGCUAUCAACAGCGUCAGUGUUAAGGCAUUUGGCGAGUUCGAGUUCUGGCUAUCGUCUUUGAAGGUGCUGAUAAUGAUUGGUGUGAUCCUCCUCCUCUUCAUCCUUGCGGUGGGCGGUGGACCGACCGGUGACCGUCCUGGAUUCAGGUACUGGUCUGAACCAGGAGCGUUUGCAGAGUAUAAGACGGAGGACGCCACGGGACGUUUACUCGGUGUUUGGAGCGCCAUGGUUGCAGCUGUGUAUGCCUUUUCAGGCACAGAACUCGUGGGAGUCACUGUUGGCGAGGCAAAGAACCCGCGCCUAAGCAUGCCGAAAGCUGUUCGUCUGACCUUCCUUCGCAUCGUGUUCUUCUACGUCAUUUCAGUCUUCUUGCUGGGGCUUGUCGUCCCUUACAACAGUCAGGAACUCGCCUUUGCUGUUGGAGCCAAGACCAGUGCUGCUGCAUCACCAUUUGUUGUAGCCAUUAAGAUCGCAAAGAUAAAAGGGCUCGAUCAUGUUAUCAACGGCUGUCUUGUUGUUUUCGUGUUUUCCGCGGCAAAUUCGGACAUAUAUAUUUCAUCUCGCACGCUUUACGGUAUUGCCAUCGACGGAAAGGCUCCCAAAAUAUUCACGCGCACAACGAAAUCCGGCGUACCUUUUGUGUCGCUGGCUUUAUGUGGCGUGUUUUGUGGGUUGGCUUACAUGUCUGUCAGCUCGAAUGCUGCCACAGUAUUUAACAACCUUACUAGCAUUGUCACUGUCUUUGGCCUUCUGACCUGGAUAUCUAUCCUUGUAUCUCACAUUUUCUUCUGCCGCGCUCGCGAGGUUCAACACAUCGACUCAGCCUAUAUCCCUUACCGAGCCCCAUUUGGCGCAUGGGGCUCUUACAUCGCACUGAUCUUCCUCAUAAUUUUGACCCUUACAAAGGGCGUUGAGGUGUUUGUCGGAACCUUUGACUACAAGAGUUUCAUCGUGCAGUAUAUCGGCAUCCCUGUUUACCUUGUUUGCAUUUUUGGCUACAAGGUGGCUAGGAAAUCACGCCGCGUACGGGCCGAGGUGGCAGAUCUAGUAACAGGCGUUCCGCGGGAGACAGUCGCAGAGGAGAGAGCAGCAGUUGAAGCUGCAAGCAGGGAGAAGGAGUUGGUAUCAGGUAAGAAAGGUGUGCUAACCAAGGUUUAUCGGAAGGGAUUCUCCUGGUUGUUCUGA